AUGAAGUCGUUGUGCUAUGUACUCGCUAUAAACUUCGUUUUGACUGCCGCUAAUCCUUUGGACGCAAGAAACUCCAGCGAUGAAUCACAAUCGAGAAAAGUAAAGCACACGAUUUCAAGAAUUUUCCGCAUACCUAACAACCAGGCGAAAACGGUUCACGAUGAUGGAUACUAUGAACAGUUGAUGAAAAUGUUAUCAAGCGAAUCUGUGGGAACGUCAAAAUUGGAUGAAAAGGAAACUGGUACAGAUUUAACUGAUGUUGAUAAUUUGCUAAACAAAAUAGAAGGUGUAUAUCCUGAGUCUGAAUCGCAAAAUGAAAUACAUAUACAAACAAACAAAAACGUACAUACCGACGGCGCUGUACGCGUACUUGGAACUAAAGAAAGAGAAUUAAAUGCAGAUAUAUUAAAUGAAAUUAUACAGAAUCUUACGGCUUCUAAUGGGUCUAAUUUGGGCGGCAAACAAAUUCGAAAUGGAAAAUUGGUAAUUUACUACGACGAAAACGAAAAUCCUAGCAAAGAUGCAAUUGAAAUAAAUGAAAAUAUUGAAAAUUCACGAUUGAAUAUUGCAAAUAAAAUUCGGAUUGAAGAAGCAGUACACAAUUUAUUCAUACAGCAUAAAGUGCCUGAACAUAUAUAUUAUGCCAUUAUAAGACGAAAUACUGACGCAAACGACCGCAUUAAAAAUCUUAUUAUUGCAUUUGUCAAAUUCAUAGGCAGCAAAGGACAACUAAAUUCGGAUAUAGUAAACAAAGUAAAGAUUUUGAUUGUUGAUAAUAAUAUUGACAUAGAUCUCGGGAAACUGCUUAUAACAGCGAACGCCGACGUUGGAGUUAUCGAUCUUGACACUGAACCACCAACAAAUACGGUUUCAGAUGUCAUGAAGAGCGUUUUUGAUGAUUCAGAUGUAGUUGAUAGUAAAAAAAAGAACCUAAAGAUAUCCGAUGUAACAACAACUUUAGACUCCACUGUGAUAAAUGAACUUGAGCCCGGUGUGGAAACACCCACAGUAAACUUGUCUAUAAAUACAAAAGAUUCUACUUAUCCUUCAAUUACGUCUAAAUCGUUAAACACUUUAAGAGACAUUGUACACAGAGACAAUUCACAUGAAAUUAUAACAACUAAAGAAGGAAAUAGAAAGUUAUUAAUUCCCUCUGAAGUUAAUACAAAAGAAAGUGUAAAUUCUGUGCACACAAAUAUUACUUCUAACAAAAAUGUCCAUGAAGCACAAAAAAGCGGAACUGACAGUAUAUUCCGGACAAUUGUAGAUAAUAAAUUAGCAAAGUCUAAGCCAGACAAUCGAAUCCUCUUAAAGCCGGUAAGUUCCGGCCUAAAAGUUAAAGUUCCUAUAUCCGGCAAUAUUACAGAAAUGAUAACGAGCAAAGAUAUCCUAAAUCAAAAGAGGACACAGCAUCAUAGUUUAAAAACGAAGUUAGACUUUGAAACUUUAAAAAAGAUUUUAAAUGAAGUUAUGGGUAAUAACUUUCCAUAUUUACAACAAGUAGAUCCAAAUGUUCCUGUCUUCUCAAAUAUACCUGUAGAAGAUUACUUAAAUUAUAACAACGGAAAGCCAUUCCUCAUAUAUGUUGUAUUUCCAGAAUCAGAAAAAUCUAAAAUAUCUGACCCUGUACACCAAACACUUAUCCCCACAGAAAAAGAAAAUUUUUAUGUAGUAGCUGAUGAUAUUAAAGCUAUUAUAAGAAAUUAUUUUGUAAAUGCCAAAACCACACCGGAAUUAUCUGGAGAACACGAUUUAAAUUCUAUUUUACAUGUAAUCAAGGACGAAAUCGCUAACAAGAAAGUAGAACAACCCAUUAAGGAAACCAAUCAACGUAUACCUGAUAAACUUUCGCCAGACUUAGUUAUUGAUAUAAUAGCCAAAAUCAAAAACUCUAUUGGAAGACAUCGCCAAAAUGAAAUGCAAAAUUCUGAAAAUACUGAAAAGGAAGUGAUUGAAAAUAUUAUUAAAAAAAUCUAUGACUCCAAAGUAGAUAAAAAUAAAUUAAAUAACAAAGAUAAUCUCCUCGAUAUUAUAGAAACGAUAAAUCAAGAAACUGUCACUGAUCAGCAGAAGAAAGAAAAUGACAUUUAUGAGCAAUUACUUAUUCUAUUUCCAAAUAUUGGCGACGAUACAAUUCGAAAGGACAUAGUUGAAAAAUUAAAAGAAUUGCUUCUGAAGCAUUCGCUCAAUGACGACAACACUAGAAGUAUAACAGAAGAUCCAAAUUUCUUUAAAAAAUAUCUGCAGGAAAUAUUGAAUCACAAAAGUAGUGCAAAUGAGAUUGAUAUGAUAAGUGAACAAGAUAGAAUAUAUAAUUUGGCAGAAGAACUUAUAGCACGAAUUAAAUAUCUACAGAUAGAAUUAGAAAAAAGAAAUAUCUCUCGACAGACACAAACAGAGCUUAUUAAAAAAGAAUUUCAAGAAGAACUUUUGAAAAUAAACACAGAUAGUAUUGCAUCCUGUGUUGAAAGAGCAAACAAAUUAGUAGAAUUAAGUAUUGAAAAAGUACUUCGGAAGAGUAGGGGAUAG